AUUCCCGGGCAUGCUUCAUACAUUGCUGGAGCCCUCACACUGUGCCAGGAAUACUGCCGGCUUCUAUGGCUUCUGCUAUUCAACCCUACCACUGCUACCUGUAAUGCAUUGAUAAGAAGGCUGCUCCCUGAGGAGAUAUGGCUAGAAGAGGUCUCCUGUGUUCUCUGCUGCUUGCACUUGCUUCAUGUCAGAAAGCACCUGUACAUGGAGGGGGAAGCCCUCAGCCCUUACCCCUGGCUCUGCACACUGACAUACUGGCUUUUACUGAACACACUGACUAUGGUAUUGUUGAGGUCUAUGAAGUGGACAAAGAUGGGAAUUACAUCAAAAAUGACAUUAGCCACAGUCAUAGACGCAAGAGAUCAGCAAAUUCCAGUCCGGUUCAUCUCAAGAUUCAUGGAUUUGGAAAUGAUCUACAUAUGAGAUUAAAAUAUGCAAAUAAUUUAAUAGCUCCAGGAUUUACAGUUCAAACAUUUAGAGAUGGAAGAACCAAGUCUACAGAAGUGUAUUCAUCCUAUGACUUCUGUUUUUAUCAAGGAACACUGCUGUCCCAUAAGCAUUCAACUGUAGCACUUUCUACAUGCAGUGGCCUGUCAGGUUUAAUAAGGACACAAGAGGCUGAUUAUUUCUUGAAACCACUGCCUGGACACAUUACACUCAAGCACAAUUACUCCACUUCAGAUGGCCACCAGCCUCAUGUCCUAUAUAAGAGAUCAACUGACAAACGAAUGUACAAGGAAAAUAUGGUGUCUCUAGUUGAAAGACAGCAAGAGCUGGAAAAUCACAAUGGGAUUUACCAUGUCCAUGCAAAAACUUCUCAUCUAGAUCAUCAGCGUAGAGACCAGAGGCAUGGAAAAAGUAACAAACAGCACUACUGUGGAAGACGCAAGAAAUAUAUGCCUAAGCCUCCAAAAGAAGACAUGUACAUUUUACCUGAUGAAUACAAAUACCCAAGAAGGGUCAAACGGUCAUUGAUAAAGCCACAGAGGAACAAACCAUUAAAUGUGGAAACUCUCGUUGUCGUUGACAAGAAAAUGAUGCAAAAUCAUGGUCAUGAAAACAUCACCACCUACGUUUUGACAAUACUCAAUAUGGUGUCUGCUUUGUUCAAAGAUGGAACAAUAGGAAGCAACAUUAAUAUUGUCAUCGUUGGUCUUAUCCUGCUGGAGGAUGAACAGCCUGGUCUUAUAAUAAACCAUCAUGCUGACCGUACACUGAGCAGUUUCUGCCAGUGGCAGUCUGGGCUCAUGGGAAAAGAUGGCAGUCGGCAUGAUCAUGCCAUUCUACUUACUGGUUUGGAUAUCUGUUCCUGGAAGAAUGAACCUUGUGACACAUUAGGGUUUGCUCCAAUUAGUGGUAUGUGUAGUAAAUACCGUAGCUGCACUAUUAAUGAGGACACUGGGUUAGGACUCGCAUUUACUAUUGCUCAUGAGUCAGGUCACAACUUUGGAAUGAUCCACGAUGGAGAGGGAAAUAUGUGUAAGAAGUCUGAAGGCAACAUAAUGUCACCAACACUGGCAGGAAAUAAUGGGGUCUUCUCUUGGUCUGCCUGCAGUCGACAGUACUUGUACAAAUUUUUAAGCUCUUCUCAAGCCAUUUGCCUUGCUGAUGUUCCUAAGCCAGGGAAGGAAUAUAAAUAUCCUGAAAAGCUUCCAGGAGAAUUGUAUGAUGCCAACACACAGUGCAAGUGGCAGUUUGGAGAGAAGGCCAAGCUCUGUAUGCUGGACUUUAAAAAGGAUAUAUGUAAAGCACUUUGGUGUCACAGAAUUGGAAGAAAAUGUGAGACAAAAUUUAUGCCAGCAGCAGAAGGCACAACAUGUGGGCAUGAUAUGUGGUGCCGAAGGGGACAGUGUGUGAAACAUGGUGAUGAAGGACCCAAGCCUGCAAAUGGUCAAUGGUCUGAGUGGUCAGGUUGGGCACCAUGCUCCAGGACAUGUGGUGGAGGUGUCUCAUAUAAAGAGCGUCAGUGUAAUAACCCACGACCUUUUCAUGGUGGAAAGUUCUGUGAAGGUUCUUCCCGAUCUUUUAAACUUUGUAACACUCAGAAGUGUCCCAAAAAUAGUAUUGACUACAGAGCCCAACAGUGUGCAGAGUAUAACAGUAAACCUUUCAGGGGUUGGUACUACAACUGGAAGCCCUACACCCGUGUGGAAGAACAAGAUUACUGUAAACUAUAUUGUAUAGCAGAAGGAUUUGAUUUCUUUUUUUCCUUAUCAAACAAAGUAAAAGAUGGAACCCAGUGCUCUGAGCAUAGUAGUAAUGUCUGUAUUGAUGGUGUUUGUGAGACAGUUGGCUGUGACCAGAUCCUUGGAUCUAAUGUUAUGCAUGAUUUAUGUGGUGUAUGCAAAGGAGACAACUCAUCCUGCAAGAUCUACAGAAGCCAAUAUACAAAACAGCACUACUCUAAUCAAUACUAUUCAUUGGUCACUAUUCCUGCUGGGGCUCGUAGCAUUCGUGUUUCUGAAAUGAACAUUUCUACCUCUUACAUCUCUGUCCGUAACACACAGAGAAAGUACUACCUCAAUGGUUACUGGACCAUUGACUGGCCCGGCCAGUAUAAAUUUGCUGGAGCAAUUUUCGAAUACAAAAGACCUUACAAUAAUCCAGAGACUCUGAUUUCUUCUGGUCCAACAAAUGAAACAAUAGUUAUAGAAAUUCUACUGCAAGGUAAAAACCCUGGAAUAAUGUGGGAGUUCUCAGUGCCCAAACGAGAGAAUGAGAGGAGGUUGACACCAAAGCACAACUUUACAUGGGCCAUUAUUCGCUCAGAGUGUUCAGCUUCAUGUGGUGGAGGUUACAUGAACACCAAAGAAGCUUGCUACAAAGAUAUGCGGAUUCAGGUCAAUACUUCAUUAUGUAAUGCAAAAAAUCGACCUAUCACAGGAUGGGUCUCUUGCAACAUACAAGCUUGUACUCCAGGUUGGUCAGUGGGAAAUUGGACAACAUGCAGUCAGACAUGCGGGAGUGGUGAACAGUUCCGACAAAUUCACUGUAAGCAGAAGGCAAACUACAAAAUGGAAAUUGUGGCAAACAAACUGUGUUCCACAGCACCUCCUGCCCACCGGCAAACAUGUAGCACACAGAGCUGUCCACCAGCAUGGAGUAUUGGACCUUGGUCAGAGUGCUCCCGAACCUGUGGCAAAGGCUGGAGAAAACGAUCAGUGGUUUGCAAGAGUACUAACCCUUCUCUUCGAGGUCAGAUUCUUCAUGACUCAGCCUGCACCUCUGAGUUCAAGCCCAAAAUGCAAGAGAACUGUCUUGUUAAACGCUGCAAGUCCAAGGAACUGCAAUGGUUGGUGACAAACUGGACAAAGUGCUCAGUUACAUGUGGCAUAGGCUUUCAGAAAAGAACAUUACAAUGUAUAGAAAAGUAUGUCUCAGGAAAAACUAGAGAAAUAUCUGCAAAAAAAUGCUUACACCUGGAGAAACCAAAUGUAGAGAUCGAAAAAGCCUGUCAACAGCCCGAAUGUCCAAGAUACCCACUCCAGCCUGUGAUUAUUCAUUCUCGAGGAGCAUGGUACUCCUCUCCAUGGUCUCAGUGCUCAGUAAGUUGUGGAGGAGGGAUUCAGCAACGUACAGUCCAGUGUCUUAGUCAUGGGCGUCCUUCUUACGGUUGCCUUGCCAGUCAAAAACCUACAGCAUCACAGGCCUGCAACACUGAAUUUUGUCCUCCUGAAAAAAAAGAUGUGUUCUGCAAAGAUUAUUAUAAUUGGUGUCAUUUGGUACCCCAACAUGGAGUAUGUGGUCAUAGAUUCUAUGGCAAGCAAUGCUGCAGAUCUUGCAACACAUCAAAACUAUAAGAUUAAAAAGGCUGUAAGGAAUACUGGACACAACCAAGAUUUGAAGGUUAUCAAGGGUGCUAACUACAAGUGCUGUCAGUAUUGUGCAUACAUCCACAGACCUCGGAGAGAAAAUGUAUAUUUGAUGUGUUUUCUACCAAUAAAGUAUUGGGGUGGGUGCGAAGCAAUAUUUUAAGACAUGCGAUAUUGUACAAAGGUUUCCAAGUCACUUGAUUCUUAAAGAACUGCUAAUUCGUACUGAACAGCACAUGGGAAUUUGUAAUUUCAGAGACUUGCGGGAAAAUAAUGCAGAACAAAUUUUAAUUUUCUGAUCUUGCUGCACUUGUCUUGAAUGGAGGUUGUGGCUGAAGAGAGCAGUUUUGUUUUACUAGUCAGUGUUCCCUUCCAAGUUGUCAUUACGGAGCACUUCCGACAGCUGGAUUCAAGUGCUUAAAAGGGAAUGUCAGCACGGCUGGUUUUAUCACCUGCUGUAAAACUCAACCAUAUUAUAAAACUGACUUCAUUCAAUCCACUGUAAAACUGGAUAUCCAGUCCUCUGGUGCUUGCAUUGGUUUCUUGACUACACUGGCAAUGUAUUGUCCCUCAUUAUAUUAUAUUAUUAAUGUGCUUCUUUUUCUUCAUUUUC